AUGAGGUACAAACCGGGAUUGGAACAGUCUGAAUCAAGUCAGUUCAAAUUUAGGAAUAUCAGUGUAUAUGCGGAGCCAAAGAAUGAGACUUUGGUAUUUCCUGAUUGCCAUAGAGAUGAAACAGACUUGAUGACACUUAAGUAUAUGGUGUAUAAGGGUUUGUCUAUGGAUGUUAAAGAGAAGUUUAAUUUAUAUUGGUUUAAGGAAGAAUGUCUGCCACUGCCAUUGUUAAACAAUGAUGAUUUUGAUAAUUUUUGGGAGGAUUCUUUUGUAAAUGAGGAUGGAUGUAUAUGUUUGUGGAUGGGGAUGAAAGACACAGUGUUUGGGACUCCAAAGACUACACCAAAGAAGAAGACAGUUAGUAAGGGAACCACCCCUAGAAGAUCCCCAAGGCUAAAUAGUGUGGAUAAAUCAGUUGAAGGUGCAUCAAGAAAGCUGAGUUUCAUGGAUGUGCCCAUGUCCAAACAUUCUCAGGCUAGUAGCAGUGGUUGCAGUCAGUCAAAAGCUACAAAUGAAGUUAAGUUUGUUGAAGAUGUGGACAAUAUUCAGCUGGAAAACACCAAAGAAGAUGAAUGUCACCCAAUUGAGAAUCCAGAAGCUCCUCCAGUAUAUGCCAGUGAUGAAGACAUUGAGUAUGGGUCAGAUGAAGAAGAACAAGAAGAGAAAGAAGAAGAAGAAGAAGAAGGAGAAAAAGAAGGCAAAGAAAAAGGUAAGGAUGUGGAUGAAAGACCUGCUUACAUGGAUGACUUUGAUGAUGAUUUUGGUCAGUACAUGAAGGGUGAGCAUGAUGUAGAUCUUUUCCCUGAAGAAGAAGUUUUUACUCCAGUAGAUCCUAGCAAAAUGGAGGUAAAAACUAGAUUUGCAAAUAAGGAAGCAUUUAAGAAACAUCUCAAGGGUUAUUGUGUUCUUAAUAAGUGUCAAUAUAUUUUGGAUAGAAGUGCUCCCUCUAGAAUUAAGGCUGAGUGUAGGUUUAAAACAGAACAUGAUUGUCCUUGGUUUGUGUAUGCUAGCAAGAAAGAGGGUGAGAAGACUUUUGUUCUUAGGAAAGUGAAUUUGGAACAUAAGUGUGAAGGGGAUCCCCAAAAUAGGAAUAGAUCUGCUGAUCCUCAUUUUGUAAAGGAUUUUGUUCUUGAUCAGAUGAAGAAUAAGCCUAAAAAAGUUGUUCCAGACCCUUAUAAAAUCAAGGAAGACUUCUUAGCUGAAAAGAGAGUAAAUAUACCAUAUCAGUGUGCAUGGAAGGCUAGGAAUCUAGUUUUAGAGUCAUUAUAUGGGAACUAUAAAGAAAGUUACAAUGAAGUACCAGCAUUCUGCAAGAUGUUUACAAAAUGCAAUGAUGGGUCUGUUGCUAAGUUCACUUUUGACACAGUGAAUAACACCUUUGAAAGCAUGACACUCUCAUUUGAACCUGCAAUGAGGGGUUGGCGAAAAGCAUGCAGGGGAGUUAUAGGGCUUGAUGCCUGCCAUCUAACAGGGGAAUAUGGGGGAGUAUUGAUGGCUGCAACUGCACUUGAUGGACAGAAUGGGUUAGUAAUGUUAGGAAUUAUGGUAUGCAGAGCUGAAACAAAGGAAAAUUGGAUCAUUUUUUUGAAGCAUUUGAAGGAUGCAAUAUUAGCACAUCCAGUGAAAGUGGCUUUCAUUUCAGAUAGGCAAAAAGGUUUAUUGGAAGCUGUUGGUAUAGUGUUCCCUGGCCAUCACCACAGAUACUGUUGGAGACAUUUAUACAAAAAUUUCAAGAAGGAUUACAAGGGUCUUGAAUUAUACAGUUCUUUAUGGAAUGCAGCAAAAGCAUACAAAGAAAAGCAUUUUCAGGAACAUUUUGACAAUAUUGUGAAACAGAGUGCUGCAGCUGGUGCUUAUCUCAGUAGAGAAGAUCCUGCUACAUGGUCCAGGGCCUUUUUUAACCCUAUUCACUGUUGUGAACAUAUGAACAACAAUUUUUCAGAGUCUUUUAACAAUAUGAUCAACAAGAUGAGAAAUAAACCAAUUAUAAUGAUAGGAAUAAUGUAUGCUAACUUAGUGAUGGGUACAUGGUACAAUAGGAGGACUGAAUCUGCAUCAUGGGUAGAUGGUAAUUUGGUUCCUACUGCUGUUACAUUGAUUAAGAAAAUGUUGGAAUUUGUGACUGACUAUGGUGUUGACCCUUGUGUGGCUGGAGAGUUAUAUAUGGUGACUAGUCCAAAGAAUUCUGUGUUCACAGUGAACAUACUUGCCAAGACUUGCUCUUGUUUGCAGUGGCAGUUGAGGGGGUUCCCCUGUAUGCAUGCAGUGAGUGCAUUGCAUAGCAUAAGGCCACAAUGGAGAAAGUACUGCAGUGAUUACUAUUCAGUGGAGAACUAUAAGGCCACAUAUGCACCAACUUUUGCACCACUAGAUGAUAAAAGUGAAUGGGUCCAGCCAAACAUGAACAAGAAGAUCUUGAACCCUCCUCACAGUAGGAAACCAGGAAGACCCAAGAGCAAGAGGGUAAGAAGUUAUGAUGAACCUCGUGUUGAGAAGACAAAAAGGAGGUGUGGGAAAUGUGGAAAUGUUACUAACCACAACAAAAGAACAUGUGCUGGUGGUGAAGUGGGAUCUAAUCCAACUGCAAAGAGGCAAAGGACUGAAUGUGAUGCACAAAGCUUCACCUUCAGCAACAUAGAGCCAAGUCAGACCACCGGAGUUAGGGGUGCAGCUAAGUCAAACAAGAAGAAGAGAACGGCAUCAUUUGUUGGUGAAUGUUUUACAGGGCCUGGCAGUCAGCCUUUGGCAACACCAUCUUCUACUCCAGCUUCCACAACACCUAUGAGUCUGCCAUCUAUAGCACCAUCUUCUACUCCACCCUCUACAAUAAAUAACCUUUAUCAGAACUUCUUUGGCAUUGGAUCUGUAUCUCAGAAUAUAAAACAAGGAAAGGGAAGGGGAAAUGGAAAGGCUAAGAAGAAAUGAUUUGAGAUCCGUUUUCUGAUUUUUUGUGUUUAAGAAGACAAUAUUUUUUUCUUUUGUAGACUUGAAUUAAUGCUGAAUCAAAAGUGGAUGGUUGUUUAUUAGUACAUUUGCAGGUUACAUUUUCAGAUUGUUGAGUUCCUUACAUAUAGCAUUAAGUUGUAAACUUGAAUGCAUAAUUCUGUUUUUUGCAGCAAUGAAGACUUCAUCUGAGACCCAUUUAAAACCGUCACAAUCUGUACAAGUGAGGUUUGAUUUUGCAGUGGGCAGUUUUUGAAGCAAUGACCAGAUUCUCCGCAAGCGUAACAACCAUUCUCUACUGGUAAUUUCACCAUCUUGCAUUUGACAGGAUCGAUGGCAUCGUCAAACCAUUCAAAGUACUGACAGGUUGGAAUUGAACACUUCAAAAACAUUUUUUCGUUUGUUUCUUUUGCUUUUGAACACAAUAGUUGCCUUAUACCAUUACAUGGUAUAUAUUUGCACCUGGAAUAAAUCCAAGGACAUACCUUUGGAUCAUGA